AUGAGAAAGCUUUGGACACGUAAAGAUAAGCGCAGAAGCUUUGGCUAUGCCCAUGAGAGCGACGCCGAAUCGACCCAUUCUGACAGCCGCCUCGAAGACGAUAAUGCCACCCUUGCCAACGCGUCGAUUGUGGGUUCUACGAUUGCUAGCAUCCCUGAAUCGGGUCAGAACACUGUGACCACUGACAGAACCACGGUAGCCCCGGAGGCUGCUCAGUCCAAAUCUUUGUCUAGUCUCGUGCAGCCAGACUACGACUCUCGUACCACCAUGCAUUCUUGGCUCAAUGUGCUUUCAAACCCACUGAGUGCUAAUGACAUAUCAGAGCUGGCAAUGAGAGUUGUACGCGUUGAAUUGAAGGGCUCGCAUCUUUACCUCCAUAAGGCUAAUGUGAAUGCUAGAUCGUUUCGAGCUACUACCGAACGGUCUUACUCCGCCAGUGGCUCCAGCGAACCACAAACACCGGUUUCUGCUCCUACGGAAACACCACAAGACGCUCAGUCCUAUCCGCAACCUCCUCCUACCCCCAACCCAAACGACAAUUCUCGGUCUCAAACAACUCUCCCACCAAAAUCGGAAACCGCCAUUCUGGAUCAGCCUCAUCUACAAUUCACUUCAAUGGACACCCGCCACCCGGAGUUGGCCUAUAAUGACGAAACCCACGCUUUUCCUCCACACGUUGUCAACGAUGCCGAACCAGUUGCCCAUUUUAUGCUUUUCGAAACUUCGUUGCAGGAUUUGUCCAGCGUAAAUCAAUUAAUUGCAAUUUUACCCUUAUUUCCAAACUUUGCAGACAUCCUUUGCUACAUCCAGUUGUACCUCUCACUCACAAUUGCCCUGCACCACGAAACUGAGACUCGUACGCUGCACAUCACAGAUAGAGUCCUCAAGCUUUUGGCCAACGUUGAGGAAAACUUUAGUGGUUUUCUUCUCAAAUCGGAUAUUGCGCCUCAUAUCCUAAAGAUUAUAGAGUCCCUCUCCGAAUGGGAACCUACCAAUAACAAGGUCUCAGAGUUCAAGAGGGACAUGCUCGCAAAGCAAAAAUUAUUGAUGGAUUUAGUAGAAGCAGCGCCUUCUCAAAAAGUUGAGCUGUCUAAUCCUUUUGCUGAUCUCAACUCAAUAACCUUCAUGAAGGACAUCGAUUUGAUUGAAUUUGCGGCUGUGGUGACAUCGAUCGAUCUCAAAUUUUUCAAAGCAUGGAACUCGAACAUUGACAAGUCGCUUUUGCUAUUUUCCUCACUCAACAACUCCCAUUCUCUGGACUACUUCUACAAGAAGAACACCCUCAUGUUCAAUAACGACACUCAUAUUCAUUACUUAUCCCGUUUAUUCAUAAACCACUUGUUUAUCGAGGGUACAUCUCCAGGGAUUUCGACCAGUGCCCUCAGCUUUGAAAAGAAAGCCCGAUUAAUUGAGAAGUGGAUCGACCUCGGAUGUCUUUUAGACAAGCUCGGUAAUAUGUCAUCCUGGUUGGGCAUUUCUUCCAUCAUACUCUCGCAGCCCAUAUUGAGAUUAACAAAAAUUUGGUCGCUUGUGUCUCCUGAUUAUAUCAAGUUGUUGAAAAAUGAUUGGUCUCCUGUUCUCUUUGAAUUGGAUAGGCGUCACUUGGCUAAUGGCUUAGUAAAGGCUAACACUUCGGGUCAAACGUCAAAUGGAAAAGAAGAGUCCAACCCUCGAGAGUCGUACCACAUCAUGGCUCCUAGAGGAAUUGGAAAGAUUUACCCUAAGGAACGAGUGAUUCCUUACUUUGGUGAUUUGGUUAUUCAAAAUGCGGUGCCCAAUGUAACCGAAUUGGAGUCGAUUUGGAAACGUAUCAACUACUCCUUCAACAGGUGGAAUGAGUAUUUGACCAAUUUGAACAACUAUAACGAAAUCAUCAGAUAUAAUGACGAUGUCAUCAGAAGGUAUGAUAGCAUGGGAUUCAUCUUCUCCAACGAAAGCUUGAAUCAAGUGCUUUACCUUGGAGUCAAUAACGAUGAAAGAUCGACGCCAAGUUUUGAUGAAGUUUCGCAUAUUCCUCCCACCACCAAAUCUUAUGAAAACCCAUCGCUUGAAAAGAAAUUGUGGAGAUUAAUUGACAUUAAUUGUGAGUCGAUCGGUCUUGAUAAGCUAAUGAAGUUGUCCUUGGUAUUAGAACCGGACCUUCCAGAAGCGUACCUAGAAUCAGAGACCAUGGCCUCGAGUCCCUUGAAUUUGAAACAUCAAAACAACAGCUCCUUAACCGUACAGUCUACGGACUCUGCUACCACCUUGCAUUCAUUCGAUUUGGGUAAUAAGAUCCCUCAAUUCAAUAAUGAGUACUUUAAGUUGAAGUUAUCUCGUUAUGACGAACUCGUUCAAGAAGACGAUGAAGGAAGGCUAGCAAGUGAAGGACGUACUUCGACUGAUACGUCUAAUAUUGUCGUUGAUGACCUGUUGGUGUUUCGUGCUGAUGAUAUGAUCCCUGACUUUGAAAGUUCUAUGGUUAACUCGAGCACAUUCAAUGCUUUUGACGAUGUCGUGGAAAAUGUCGAUGACGAAGAUGAUGACGCCGGUUUAGGCAUUGACGUUGAUGUAAUACUCAAUUCUGAAAAAUUUAGAAACUUCUCCAUAGAAGACGAUCUGGAAGGAUCCAAAAAGAACCGGUACGAAAGGCGAAAAACUCACCAAAGCGGGGAUACUGAAGGGGAUCUGACUAAUGCCAUUCCGGUUAUGAAUUUCAUUCCCAAGUAUGCCACCAUCGAUAGACUCAUUGAUAUUCUUCUUCUUGAUGCUAAAUAUUUUGAGGAAUCGUUGGUAAUCGAUUUGACUGAGUAUCGAUUCGUCUUUCUUCUCAACUAUAACUCGUUCAUUACAACAAAGGAGUUAUUGGAGAAGCUUGCUCAUCGUUUCAUAAAUUCAGGCAAUGCGGUCAUUUCGGUCAUGCAACGGGCACAUGCUUUAAAGACAGGUGAGGUACUUGGUGGUGAAUUCCCCAAUUGGAAUUUAGAUCCAACUGACCCGAGCAUCAACUUGGCAGCCCUUGGGGAAGUUGAUUAUGAAUUGUUGUUGAAGAUCCAGAUAAAUAUCCUCAAGGUCUCAAUUGUGCUUAUCAACAACUUUUACUCCAAUUUUGCAACUGACUUGACCAAUAAGGCGAUCCUCAUCAAAUUGCUCAAGCUUUUCAGCAAUGAAAUAUUGCAAUGGUACAACUCCAAUAAAAUUGACUCUAAACUUGAGCGAUCUUUCGAAAGCUUGGUCAAUUACUACAAGAAGUUGAAAAAAUUGUUUGUUAAGAAGACAUACCGUCCGAUUGAAAUUCUGAAGUUUGACGAGUAUUUGAUCAACGAAUUCAAAUUUGGCAACUCCUUACAUGAGGUGCCAAUGAAUCGCAAUUUGCCCGGUCACAAAAAUGUGAAUAAAAUCGAAAAGUUUUUGCACAAGUUCAACAAGCUUUUGACUGUAUUUUACAAAGGUAUAAGGGCCGAAGACUGGGUUCGUGUAUUCAAAGCUAUCGAAAUUGAGUUUGAAAAUAAUAAUCUUAUGGAGUAUAACCUUCAAAGACCCACUACGCACGACGAUAGCCUACAGAUUUCCAACAUCUUUUCCUAUUUUGAGUCGUUAACUGAUCCGGUUGAUAAACAAUUGGUGCUCAAAAAGCUUCCUUUGGUUUUCCGGAAGCUUUUUAAAUUAUACUAUAAGUUCCGAAGCUACUUGGCGAUUCAAUUAACUGAUUUAAACAUAACAGUCGAAGAACGUCUAGAUAGAAUGAAGACCUUGUUAAUCAUGGUAAAGCUCACGAAGUUGAAAAUGGAAAAUAAUCAGUUUGUGUUUGAAGGCAAUGAGGGAUCUAUCCCUUCGUGCAUUGAGUCUGCAAUCACUAACGUUAUUUAUUCACCUGAAAGUCGGCUUUUCACAAACUUAUGGAUCAAAGCGUCUAUGGCUCUCAAUGGUGAUGGCUAUACUUCGAAUUUCGGUGACCUUGAUCUGCUUUUGCCAAGGCAAUUGACCAGUUCGGAUCUAAUAAUUGCACAUGAGCCCCUACUUCCAUGCUUUGGUUGGAUUAUCGAGAAUUUGAUGGCCAUCAACAAGUGCCCAACGUAUUACAAAAACUGCAUUAACAUCAACAAGAGAUACCUCAUUUACAAAUUAAUCAAGGAAUUAAGCGUUGAGGACUUCGAGAGUGGGGACGGCUAUACAGUCAGCUAUCAUGAUACGCGAGAAUUUGAAUUUCUUCUUAAAUUGGAUGAAUCAUUGGUCAAUAUUCAAAGUCUCAAGGAGUUCACCUUUUUGGAGAAAGAUCGCAUCAAGAUUUUUAGAACUGUUCUUGAAAGCCAACGCUCAAUUUUGGUGUCUGACAACAAGAAGAAGCAUAUGUUAGAGCCCAAGAAGGAGAGUAACCCCAUGCAUAAUGUUUCGGGAUUGACCAAAAAAACAUCUAACACGAGUCUUCGAAGACAGUCGUUGGCGUAUAAGUCCAAUUCGGCUUCGCGUUUCAAGAUCAGUGGCUUAUUUAGUAAGAGCAGGCCCUUUUCUAUGUCUGCCUCUAGCAGCUCUGACAAAGUUGUUGACUACUACGAACUUCCAGAUCCAAAAUCUACCGUUGAUGGCAAGCAGAAACCUAUUGCAGUUAUCGCUUUGAAGAACAAAAAGAUUUUCCCGGUUUAUCUCUUACCUUUAUGUUUCAAAAUUGAUUCCGAUUCCUCAAGCGAUGAAUACCUUUUUCAAGCGCCAAACGAGGUUGAAUUGAACAAAUGGCUCAUCAAAUUGAAUUAUUCAAACAGACAUUGGUUUCUCUCGAGAGCUUUGAACCUAAAAGGUAGCCCUUCGAUAGUAUUCGGUGUGCCAAUUAACAUAGUCUGCAACAGGGAGGGCACCUACGUGCCAAACUUUUUGACAAAGAUCUUUGCGGAGGUAGAGCAAGAAGGUUCAAAGGAUGUUGGCAUUUAUAGAAUCAGUUCUUCAGUGAGCGAAUUAAAUGCCCUUCGCUCCAUGAUUGACAAGACAGGCACUGUUGACUUCAGUGAGCGGGCUUAUGAUGUUCAUGCGUUGACGAGUUGCGUCAAGCUCUAUUUCCGUGAACUUCCCGAUGCGUUAAUUUCAGAUGAAGUGAUAUCAGCAGUAUUUGAACUUAAGCAGAAUGGCUCAGAACCUGACAGGGAUCUUGGACAAUUCAGAGAGGUCAUAAGGCUUUUACCUCCAAUUAACUACAACACUUUAAAAGCACUCUUGCGCCAUUUGAAUGUUGUUUGUCUGUUCAGUGACACUAACAAGAUGACGGCGUCAAAUUUGGCUACGGUCAUCGGGCCAGCAUUGACGGAGGCAAGUUCAAUGGACUCGUUGAUCAAUAAUUUCGGAUAUAUCAACUUGGUGGUUGAGAAGUUAAUUACUAAUUAUGAACAAGUCUUUGGUGACGACUAA